UUUGAAAUUUUGAAAUAGAUCUAGGUGUGGUUAAAUUUAGACUUUGAUUGUUUGGAUGUAAAUUUCUUUCUAUCUAGGUCUAUUUAUGAAAGACAUCAAAGUAUGUUCUGUGGGAACAAUGUUUCAGCUAAAUUAUAUUUAUUAUUGCAAAAUUCAUUCACAGUAGAUAGAUAUGCUAAUAUUUUGACCACACCAUGAAUUUUAGAUUAAGUGCGUAUUUUUUUAGUCUCCCCUCCCCCCCUUGAUAAAGCAAAGCUCGAGCUCUGUGUGGUCGAAGCAAAGCAUAGUAGACUACAAACACGCAAGUGAUGGCAACUGGGUUGGACUGCCCUUUGCAUAUCUAUGAUGGAGAUAUUAUUCAGCUUUAUUGUCCAAAUGAGUCUGGUUAUGUUUACAGUGAACCAAGAAGUCCACAAAAAGAGUCUGAUGCUAUAGUUAUUUGUAGUAAAGAAGACUUUUUACUAAAUGACUUUACUGAGUUUUGCAUAACUCUAAAGAAAGUAUCAGAUGAAAAAUUACAUUCAGAAUGUGGUGUACAAGUGGUGGAAAGGAUAGCUUAUGGCAGUAUAGUAUAUUUGGAACACCAAGCAUCUAUGAAAUUUAUGACAGUGCAUGAUGAAAAUAAUGUGAGCCUUUUGAAGCUCAAUACACAAGGCAAAGUAAAGAAUUCUGGCAUCCAAGGGGACAAGAAGAAAAAAAUGUUUAGAAUUUUGUCUCCUUGCCAAAAGCUUGCCUGGGGUAAAGAGCUUAAGAACAAUGAUGCAUUCAUGCUUGAAAGCAUUUCUUGCGAUAGUUUAAUGGUGCAUUUUAGCUACAAUCCUCAAGAUAAUGGUUAUAAACCAUCACUAAAACCAAUGGGAACUGUGUUUAUCAUCAAUUUGCACUGUCAUAUGCGCUUAAAACAGAAUCCAAAAAGCAUAAAGGGAGGAAGUUUAGUUUAUUUGGCCUCUCUUUUAGAAAUGGAGGCAUAUAUACAUGGCACUGGAUCUUUUAUCAGUAGUAAUUAUAGUGUCACUAAAGGUGGUCAUGCUAUUGAAGAGCCUCAUGAAUUUAAAAACCCAAAUCUAGGUCCAGACUGGCAAUUACUUGAAUGUAUUUCAGAAACUUCAAAAGUUGGCUUAAUCAAGUUUAAUGAAGGAAAUUUUAAGAUGUUACCACAAUUGGGUGAUACGUUUUUUAAAAUAGAAAAGGUUUCUGAAGAGCGGGCAGGUGAUCCAAUUCUGUUUGGAGAGCAAUGUCGAAUUAGGCACUUAUUUACAUUGAAGUAUAUCUGUGUACAUGAAAAAAAUAAUGUUAUUAAUAUUGUACUGUGUGAUAAGGAAUGCGAUCAUGGUAGAUCUAUAUUUAAAAUUUUACCUGUUUCUAAUCCAGCUCAUAAAAAAGAAGUUUCUUGUUCUGAUAAAGUCAUUUUUGAAAAUAUAAAAACUUCAACGAUGUAUCUCUCUGUCAAUUUAAAGCCUCAUUCAUUAAUGGACCAGGCAGCAAUAGACCAGGCAGCAAUGGACCAGGCAGCAAUGGACCACCCACUUACUCUUUGCAGAGAUCGUGAUGUGUCACGAAAUCAGUUUGAAAUUUUACAGAUUGAGGAUUAUCUUGUUUUGCGUAGCUAUAAAUAUAUGGUGAUUGGCUCCUUGUUUAAAAAGUCUCAAAAUGUGAUCAAAGACAUAACCAAAUUAAAAAGUGAAGAAGAAAUUUCAAUGAUGAGAAAGCUCAUGGGAGAUGAAAUAUUUGAAGCAAUAAGAAAACAUGAUGAACAACCAUUGAGCUAUGACAAGCAAAACGAGAAAAAUGAUGAAAUUGAUCUGCAUAUUAAAAAGAUAAUAUAUGAAAAAAUAUGGAAACACACAGAAGAAUUAAAAUUAAUUGCUACUAUUUUAUUGAAAGAUAAUAUUGAAAUGUUGACAGAAAAAGGUGAAAUGAGAACUAAAAUUGAAAAACAGAUGACCUGCCUUGAGAAUUAUUUUAAACAAUGUGAGACUGGUGUUUCUACUGCUAAACAAUCUCGUGAUCAAGUUGCUAUUGAUAUUGAAGUAAUUAAUGAUCCUCAAGCUCAGGAACUAUUACAAUUGUUUCACCUGUUUUAUAAAAAGCAUGAACUUUCUGCAAAUUAUGAUGAAAAGGAUAAAUCAGCUGAAACAAGGGAUUUGUCAGCAGAAAAUCAGCAAAAAUUGUGCAAAAUCCUAUCUCAAUUAAUUAGUAUUGAAAAAUCAGACAUCAGUUACAUGAGUGCAUGGCUUCUUUUUGAAAUCUACACAAAAGGAAAGAGUCAUUCUACUGAAGACUCUAGAAAAGAGGAAAGGAGUCACUCCAGUGACUCCACUGAAGAUUCCUGGAUAAAAUUGCAGCUAUCCACAAUGAUAGCAAAGGGAAAUUCACUGCUUAAGCAAAUACUGACAUCAUCAAUGGAUGCAGAUUCAAUUGAAGAAUUAAAUAAACUGGCUAAGUCUUGUAUAGAUCUACAUGAGGUUGAAGUUCCUGAACCAAAUCAUGCGAGACAAACAGAGGCAGUGGGACAAACAGAGGUACCAAAUUUUAAAAGACAGAUAGAGGCACCAAAUUUUGAACGACAGACAAAGGCAUUUGAAUCUGGAUUGUUUCAUAUUAUUCUUGAAUAUUCUCUACGACACAAAGCUGAAACAGAAGUACUUGAAAGCUGUUUUAAACUGUUGCAAGGAAUUUGCACAUUAAACAAAAAGGUUCAUUGUGAACUAUUUAUAUAUUUGUAUGACUUUCUUCAAUUUGAGCAAGGCUUAGAUAUUGUUAAUCGAAUUUCCUUCAUGCUUUUUUACAUUUCUAAAAAAUGUAAUGGCAGAACAGUUAUCAUAGCACAAAAAACUGUUCAGGCAUUGAUAGAAAUGUGCACUGGGAAUUACAAUAAUCAAAAAAUUGCUAUUGAUAGUCAAGUUAUUGUAUCUAUCAAUCAAAUACUAACAGAAGCAAGAACAGAAAACAGUGAACCACAGGGAAAAAGGGAACUACACUCAUCAUGUUUUGAAUUGCUGGAAGUGAUACUAGAAAAAGAUUCACCUACCUUAGCCAACUGUAUAGCAAAUCAUUUGGAGGUUGAAAAUUUGUUAAAAGAAAUGCGACAGUCAUGGCAAUCAGUGAGAAGAAAUAAAUUAAAUGAAGAAACUAUAUCAAAAAAAGCAACUGUAAGCUUGUGUGGAAAGUCCAAUGAAUCAGAAGAUAUGUGGCACUACUGCCUAAAAUGGUCAAAGAGUGUAGAAAUUAUUCACAGAGAAAAUGAAAACAGUGAGACACUGACUCGAGUCUACUUUCCUUGUGACCCAGAUAUUCAUAUAAAAGAUAAGAACAGAAUACAACAAUCCAUUAAAAGAAGUACUCCACAAGAGAAAUUGAUUGAUCUACUUGCAUGGACAGAAGCUGUGAAAGCAGACAACAGUGAACAAAAGAAUAAGUUAAGAAAGUCUAAAUUUAUUCAUUUAAUGUUUCUAAAGACAAAGAAUGCAAGAGAUUUUUUAUUAGCAUUCCUGACAGUUUUCUUGAAUUUACUUAUCCUCCUUACAGUGGAAACUCCACCAGGUUACAACAUGCCUGGUAAUAAUAUCUGCACAACCAAUGAAACAUCAUGUAACAUUACCAAUAUAUAUUUCCAACCUAUUCCAUCUCCUGACAUACCACUUUGGUCUACAAUAAUUUUGAGCAUUAUUGGUUUCUUACAUGCUAUACUAGCAUUAUUGAUGGUAAUUGAAUACUUUGCUAGAAAUGGGGGACAUCUGAGAUUUCACUUAAGAAACACUUUUUUAAAAAUUCUCAUCACUUGUAAUCGUCGAAGCUCUGAAUUAGAGCAACCACAAUCAAAUGAGUAUUUUGUGGUACCCAUUCUAAGUUUUCAGCCAAUUUACAGGAUUAUUUUCAUGUUUUGUUCAAUAGUGGCAUGGAUUCCUUAUCCAACUUUAUUAAGAUACUUAUACUGUGUGUGCAUGCUUUACCCAUUUCUUGGCUUUGAUGUUGUUUUAUACAUUUUGAAAGCACUCAGAAAAAGCUUGAAACAGCUAUUUGUUGUGCUAUUGCUGUGCUUUGUCAUCAUGUACAUUUACGCUGUAAUCAGUUUUGCUUUAUUGAAUAACUACUUCUCUGAAGAUAAAGAUCAGUUUUGUGGUACUUUGCUUCAGUGUUUCUUCACUGUAUCACGUUUGGGUUUUCUUACUACCUUGGGAUCUGAACUUGACAUCCGUCCAUCAAAUGACUACGAAUCGAAUUUUACACUUUAUUUUUUACGUACUUUUUAUGACAUCAUAUUCUUUAUUGUAGUUACUACAUUGAGCCUUAACAUUGCCAUUGCUAUACUUGUGGAUAGAUUUUCAGCUAUGAGAGAGAAAAAAGAAGACAUUGAAGAAGAUAUUGAAAACAGGUGUUUCAUUUGCAGUAUUGAGAAAAGCGAGUUUGACAAGCGGAAAAAAGAUUUUAAGAAGCAUGUAAAAGAAGAGCAUAACAUGUGGAAUUAUAUAUUGUUUAUAAUACAUGUGCAAAACCUUCCAGAAAAUGAACACAAUGCUCUGGAAAAAUAUAUAUCAGAGAAAAUAAGAAAGAUGGAAUCAGAGAAGACAAAAAAUGAAGAUCAGAAGUCCAUUGAUUUUUUCCCAAUAUUUAGAGCCAAAUCUCUGCCAGACUACAAAG